ACGCUGAACGCACGCUUAUCCAACACAUCAGCUCAAAGCAGAGGAAGACCACCCGCCUGCUUUAGCGUUAUGAGCUAACAAACUACCUGUUUUAGCACUUUGAUAUCGUAGGCGUUUAUGUAGAAGCUCAAGUGAAACGCUGUGAGCAAGGUGCGGAUGAAGAGGAUGCUGGAAAGAGACCAGAACAUCACAAACAUCAUGAUGGAGUCUCACUUCAGUACAGCAUCACUGCUGUUCCGCAGCUUUAGCGCUUUAAAUUUUGCGAAAGGAUAUUUAUAAUGCUGGAUAUCGACCCUAAAAAAGGAAUAUACGAGUAUCUGUUUUCACACUGUUUACCAACGCGUUCAUUUCUUUGUGUUGUUAUUAAACUGUUUUAGUCAAUGCUCUGGAAAAUUCGCGCUGGUUAAGUGGAAGGUUUUUCUAAUUUCUCUGGAUUAUUUUAUCAACGGAGUUGCUUUCUAACAGUUUAACUUAACUGUUUCAGUGUGUAAUAUAUGAUGUAGGCCUAGUGUAUAGAAUGAGUCGGCAUAGUAAUCAAGGCGUGAGCUGUUUUAAAUAAGAGUUUGAAGUUGACCGUGAACUCUUGAGCUUUGACAUUGACAUCGACAUCAUGGAUAGACGCGGCUGAUUUUCUUCGUACAGGUGUCUCUUUUGUGUUCAUGUAUGACUCUACUGUUUGCUGAUGGAACAGAAGGUCUUCAGUAAGUCCUACAUGGUGUCCAGACUGCCAAAAUUUGGUGCCCGUCCUGUCAAUGGUACCCCCUCAUCCCUUCCCAAUGGUACGACCCAGACUGCGCUCACGCAAGAGGGCAAGAAUCCACCAGCUAGGCCAAAUGGAGUGGUCAGAGCCUCCUCCUUCUCCAUAAAAUGGAGAAAGGAUAGUGGUGGGCCGGUGGACCCUUCAAACCCUGUUGAGGGCACGAUACCAGAAGAGAGGAAAGAAGUUAACUCCCAACAUUCUCCUGGAAGUAGGCAGUUAAAAAGCCCUUCUACUUCCUCAACCAAAGUGCGCAGGUCUGCCUCCACAUUGUCCACUGGAAGCCCUAAACCUGCAGCCAAAACCCCUAAAUCCAUCCAGAGUCCUAAACCAAAGCCCAAAUACUCUCAAAUUACGACAGCCUCCAAAAGUCAGGACAUAUCCCAAAAAAGCUCAGGCUCCAAGCCAAUUCAAAAUGGGACUUCAUCUCUGGCGUCUUCACCGGGCCAAGCAAGCUCUUCGGGGCUUCAGCGACCAAGGGUGAACUCUAACUCUACUCGAAGCACCUCUAGAGACAGUUUGUCCCAGUCCAAUGACAGCCUCUCACGACAGUCGCUCGUGCCUGACUACAUGGUGCGUUCUCAGAGCUUCACUCACUUCAAGCAACUGCCCUCGCCAACGUCCACUGCACCCAUGACGCGCUCCUUCUCUUUCAACAAGGCUGUGGAGCUAGCCAAACCGCUAACUAAUACACAGCUUCGUCCUCCGCGAACACUUGGACUCAAAUCUCCUUUGAGCCUGAGCAAAGGCCGGCUAGUGCUCGGUUUUGGGGACCUGGGAUUUGAAAAGGGGAUAACAGAUAGACUACCUUCUGGGAAUCCUUCUUCAGAGAGUUUAACACCUCCUAAUUCCAUAAAAAGGCCUCUUCUGCCUAACUCUGUGCUGACAAAACCCUCAUUACAGGCCUACAGGCUAAAUCGACCAAUUCCUGCCAAACCGCAGUGCCCUCUAGUGGUUGGGAGGGGCCCAGUGGAGCGUGACAUUAUAACCCCGCCUCUCACUCCUGAGUUGCUCCAUUGUGCCACAAAGAACGCAUCAGCUUCCACAGAUUCCCCAGAGGAGCCUGUGACAGAGCCAGGGCUGGAUGGGAACCUCCGCUACACUGGGGAGGGUAUGGAGGACAUGUCUCUCUCCUCUGCAUCUUCUCUGGAGAGGAAUGACACAAGUGAAGAGUUCCUAGAUGACUUUGAUAAUCUAGGGGACCAGUCGGAGAAUGGCAUCCCUCUUAACAAAAAUCCUGUGGCCACUUCCACCCAAAUGCGCCUGCAGGGAUUCUUAAAUGAGACCAUGGACUGGACUGGGAUUGGUCUGGCAGGUGGCAAGGCAGAUUCAAGUGAUCCGCUCCGUGGUCCGCCGCUCAUGUCCCCUGACGUGGAUCGUCACGCGACCUCCUCUUUGGAGCUCUCCCCCUCUAACAGCUCUGGAGGAACAUACAUGUGGGAUGAGGAGGGCAUGGAGCCGCUGGGACACAACACACACAUACACCAUUGCAGCAGUUAUGAGUCAGACCUCAACAGCAUUGACAUUCUGAACAACUUGGAUAACACUGGCUCAUGUGACCUGGAAGAUGAUGACCUCAUGCUUGAUGUGGAUCUUUCAGAGGACAGGGCCUUACUCAGUGAUGGGAUGGCCCACUUCGAGCGCUCUGACAGGGGAGGCCGGCCAACUCAAUGGAGGAGGAGACAACAGAGAUGGAGUGGAAUGGAUCAUGCUCAUAAUGACAACAGGCUGGCUGGGUUUCAUUAUGAUGCCUGUCAUACAGGCCAUCGGCCCUUCCAUCCUGCAGUUCAGCAUGACAGUCACACGGUGGCGCUAGAUGAACUCACUCUCAAGCACAUGACGGAGGACUGCUCAUCUGUCAAAUCACAGCUGCUCAAACUUAAGAGUCUGUUGCAGAUGGAUGAUGGUGAGAUUACUCCAGAGAGUUUGGAUUCCAGAGAAGAUGACAGCAGAGCCCAGCAGAUGGAAGAACUGAUGAAGGAGGUGGCGCAUCUCAGGGAAGAGCUGAAAAAUAAAGAUAAAAUCAUUACACGACUCGCUCAUCAACAGCAUCAGCAAUCUCCGGUGAGAUGUCAAUGUCAUCACCAGAAGUCAGGGGUCAAAGGUGAGAGAAGAACUCAUCAUGAUAAAUCCACUCAGACGGUGUGGCGCCCGCCCCAUCAUCACCCUGCUCCUCAAAUACUUCAGCCCAUCAGUCACAUCCCCAACAAGCCCCUCAUCCAGGGAAAACUAGCAAGAAUAGUCCCCACCGGGGUCCACAAUGAUGCCUGCACCGAAGAGGAACGGCCUCCUACGUCCUGUCCUACAACCCCCUGCACCGUUCCAAUUCUUCCUCCUGCUAAAGACCCUCAAAUGGAGUCGAAAUCUCUGCCUGACCCAGAAGAGCUGAGCCGGUUGCUUAGCACCCACCUUCGCAUACAAGACGACAAUGAGAAUGACUCAUCAGGGGCUGAAGAACAGAUUGCGAGACCGACCCCUGAAAGCCAUCAACACAAACUCCUGCAGACACCUCAUCCCUUGUCCAUCUUCAGCCCGCGUGUCCUGUAGCCUCCACGUCUACACAAAUGGGUAACUCUCCCUGCUCUGUCUAUAGGCAGUGGUAGUGGGUCAAACCCAAAACCAGGACCCUCCGUGAACCACAAGGCCCAGCAGCUUCUUACUCCUCCUCCGUCCAGAGGUUUGCCAUGCUUCAUGGCAGGGAACCACAUCAUUACUCGCGGCCGACUAUCCCAGCCUUGGCCAGCAGUGGUCGAUGCUGACCCACAACACAAUGCUUCGGUACCGCUCGGCGUCUCCACAAGACUUACAAAGCCAAAGAUCCACUAAGGGUCAGCUGCAGCCAUAGACACUAAUAAGGCUACCUCCCUGAACGCAUGAUCACACAUGCGGCUUGCACUAGAUGAUGGUGUUAGUGGCUAGAUAACGUUUUAAGCUAAACAAAGCAGCUAAGCUAUCGCAUCUAACUAUGCAACAAAAAGUAGUGUCACAAUCAGCGCAUCUGUCGCACAAAACCGCCCUAUCACUUCAAACUAAAAGUCAUUGAUCAUAAUUCCUUAACCACUAAGAAACCUUUACCACUCACAAUUACAUCAUCCAUACAAGAUCGUUCUAAUCUAGCUGAGCUCCUAAUGGAUUGACAAACUGAAGGAAAGAAUGACAGACAGAAAUUCAGUCUGAAAGAGAAGGCAAAAGCAGAGAAAACGAGUACUAGAGAAGUCUUUUUACUAAUACUCAACAAACGUCAAAGACGACGCGAGUGCUGUGCCAUAGACUGCCUGUGGAGAUUAUUCAAGACACCCUCAGUGUCUGGCUAUUUCCCCAUGCGGUGUGCCCUCAGGACACCAACUCGUUUAGUGGGUGAAUAUGACAUUUACAUCACCAACCUCCUGAGGUUUAACUGCGAAAACGCAUAUUAUUUUCUACGCAGCCUCACAGAUCUUGUCUUAAAGAGAGUCAUUAUGUCAUGUGACCCACGUCUCCUUUCCAGUUUCCAAAGGAAAACUUCUGUCUGCUGUGAUUUGAUCUGUUUGUGUAUUACUUUAUGCCUCAUUUCACAUCCUUGUCUGAAUUCACCACAUAAACAUGAAGAAAACAGUGCAAGCUACAAAAUCUCAAAUUUUUUUUUUAUCGUUCUCAUUCCUAGAGUACGUCUUAUUUCUCAGUGCAGUAGAGUGUCUUUGACCUAUAGACACAGUGUUUUGGCAGGAGGGCGGGCACGCCACUGUCAGUGCUUCCUUUAUUUUCACCUUGGCUGCAGUCAUGAUCAGCAGAUUUUCAGUUUAAUUAGGCUUAUGCCUCAUGUAUUAACAAGGUUCUUUUUCUUUAUGAAUUAUGGCAUGCUCAAAGCAUAAA